AUGGAAAAGCGCCUGCCACAACUUCCGUGUCUGGCACUGUUGGCACUCAGCGGCGCGUUGAAAAUUCACGAGUACGAACAUGAGGAGCACGCCAAGUACGAGCCGGAACAUGAGGAGACCGAGGUGCAUCAUGAGGUGGAUCACAAGCACGCCACAUCGCAUCAGAGCGUUAAGUUCCAUCACUAUCAUGCCGUGCCCGUCUACAUAAAGCAUGAGGAUCAGCAUCUGGUCAAGAAGCCCAUCGAGAUUGGCGGCACCAAGCAGAAGUUGAAGAUCUUGCACCCGAAAACCGAACACAAUCACAAUCACGGACUUGUGCUGGAGAACCACAGCGAGUCGCAUUUGCACGAGCAUGGACAUUACGAGGAGCCAGUGCAUCAUUCCGAGCACUACGAGCAUUAUGCGCACCAUGAAUAGGCAUAGGCAUGGGCCCCUUUUAGACCCAAUUCUCCCUAACCCAUUUUGCCAAAUAAUUUUUAAUAUUUUCUCAUAUCAGAUGAGAGUCUGUUUCUUAAAUAUGUACUUAAGUUUAAGGCUUUGUUUUUUUUUUGUGAAAUAAA